AUGGCGCCAGACGUGGAAAGGAUCAUCCAGAGCAUCAGCCUAGGAGACCAGGACACAGUCCAGCUCCUGCUGGACAGCUAUAACACCCAGUUCAGAAAGAACAAAAUAAGGGACUGUCCUCCUAACUUUGAUUCGGACAUUGACUCAGAUGAUGAAAGACCAGAUCUUCUUCUCAGAGAGGAUUUGGCUGCAGCCCUGCUGUGCUUUGUCAGUGGUCAACUGCAGCCUGCAGUGUUACGGGCUUGUCUGCAUACUCUGCGAAUCCUCUCCCGUGACCGCAGAGCCCUUGGACCGAUGGUCACAGAUGGCGCCCUUUUCACCCUGGCACACCAGGGAGGCAUCGAUCUUCUUCAGCCCUGCCAGCUGCAUGACAGGAGUAAAACUGAAGCUCAGUGGGACAGAACACAAAUACACAGAGCAGAAGCAAGCGGUUGUCAGGGAGCAGCAGAUGCUGAUGUGAAGUGUGCAGUUUCCUUUUCUGUUCCCACCAAAGAAGUUUGUGUUUCCACCACAAAUGGCUCUGAUCGUCACUUCUAUAAGCAAAGAGGUAAUGAAGGUCACCUUGUGCUUGCUCCUGGAAAGAAAGAUGCCGGGGAAGAGGACAGUGAGAAGGACAGAAAGGAGGAGGAUGGGGAGGUGUGCAGGAAGGAGGCCAUGAAAGUCUUGUGUAAUUUAAUAUACAACAGUCCCAAGGCACAGGAGAGAGCCAGCGCACUGAGACUUCUGCAGGGAUUAUGGGAGAGUCUGAAGCAGGGGAUCUGGAGUACGGCGCCACCCACUGGCCAGUUUUAUAAGCGAAGGCUGCUCUUCUUACUAACAGCUCUGAGGCCUGAGCUCAGGCUGCAGCUACAGCAGGAGCGCGGUGUGUUGGUGCUGACCACACCCUUGGAGCAGUACCUGUCUUUGAGGUGGGCUGAGGGACAUCAGCUGAUCACUGACAGCACAGCACCUCCCAUCUCCAAGGAGGUGUCCCAGGAUGUCAUCGAGAUCCUCAAGACUAUCUUCAACAUUGCUCACAGGUUCUACAGGCAAGAGCCCGAUGAGGAGGAAGCUGCUCUACAUUGCCGCCUAGUGACUGUCCUAUGCCAUUGUCUUCUGCUGUCAUGUGAUGGAGCAGACAUGCUGGAAGAACUACAAGGACAUACAGUAAACAUCCUGUCAGCCCUGCCCCUGACCUGUCUGGAUGUUCUGCUGGCUGUCCCUGUGGACCAGGCAUCCCAUAAAUAUGAAGGGGUCAACAUGGACUGUGUCCACGCAUUGCUACUGUUCAUGGACAGACGACUGAACAGGGGUCAGAAGCUGAAAGAGAAGCUAACUCCUGUACUAAGUUUACUGACUAAGAGUUCUCGGGUCCACAGGGAGACACGUCACUACUUACGACAAAAGAUCUUACCCCCUCUGAGGGAUGUUGCUGUUCGACCCGAGCAGGACAGCUCGCUCAGAGGCCAGCUGGUCCGCCUGAUGACCCAUGUCGACACUGAUGUGAAGGACUGUGCUGCUGAGUUGCUGUUUGUGCUCUGCAAAGAAAAUGUCAGCCGCUAUGUUAAAUACACCGGUUAUGGCAACACUGCUGGGCUGCUGGCAGCGCGGGGUCCGCUGGAUAGCAGGAGGAACUCUGGUGACGGCCAGUUUGCCUCCCACUACUCCAGCGACUCAGACUCAGACACUGAGGAAUACCGGGAGGCCAGAUCCAAGAUAAACCUGGUGACAGGCCGGGUGGAGGCAGAGCAGCCCGAUCCAAUGGAAGGCAUGACAAAGGAAGAGAAGGAGGAGGAGGCCCGCCGUCUUAUCUGCAUGAUCAACAGACUAUCACAAGACCAGAUUAUUCAGCCCAUGGGUGUGACAGCAGAUGGCAGACUGGCUCCUCUAUGGGGCCAAAUGAGGGGCUGCACGGAGGAGGAGGAUGAGGAGGAGGAACAGGAUUUGAAUUCAAUGCCAGGGUUGAAAGACAAAACAAUCAAAUAGCAAAGCAUUUUUCCUGCUACACUCACACAGAAAUUACCAAGAUGGCGGGCAUCUGCAGGCUGGAGAGAGAACUGUUAUUUAAACCUACCUCUUUGUUGCCGAAUAUUAUAAUGCAGCAUUCUGUUGUUUCAAGCUCAAACUAGAUCAGGAUUUUUAUUUAUACACUUAAAUCAGAGUGAUCAUUCUGUUGCUGCAUCAACAGCAAAUGUAAAAUAGGAAAGUGUGUCAGAUAAUGAUGCUGGAAGGAAGUUAAUGUGUUAAUGAGUAGAAAUGAGAGAAAUAAAUAGAUGUAAGAAUGAACCACUAUAUUUUCAGCUGAAUUCAUGUUUUCUCUGUUUGCAUUUGA